GCGGCGCUUUUGUACGCGACGAGCGCUACGCUCGACGUAGACAAGCGAUUCGCAACCCCUCCGUCGUUCCACUGGUCGAUACGCUCGAAUCGCCCAUCGCUGCGGACUCUAGGAGCAAAGCCAAGGACCGGCCCCUCGCCGCCGUCGAGGCAUAACGACGCGCGCGGGGAUCAACAGCUAGCAAGAACCGCUCAAAGAUGGACAACACAGCCGAGGAGGAGCAGCCGCCCACAAAGCGGGCGCGCACCGAUGCACCGCAGCCGCAAAAGAAGAAGAAAAAACGCCGCGGCGCACGAUUAUCGAAAGCCGAGCGCCUCGCGAAACGCGAGGCGCAAGCAACGUCCACGGACGAGCCGCCCCUCGCGGCCAUAUCGCGCCUGUGCGCGACGCCGGCUACCUAUGACGCGGCCGAGCGCGUCGCUUCACAAGCGGACGGCGACGACGCGACGCAUCUCGUGGCAUUUCUGGGAUGUCUAGCGAGGCAGGCCGAGCCGCGGUUCCGGACGAUCGCGCACUACGGCCGCCGCGCGCGCAGCGACCGCGCGGCGAAGGCCGCAGCCAUUCUACCGAAGGCGCUCGCCGCCGAAGGUAAACUAGAGGCCGCGUGCUGUGUUGCUACAUCAUUAGGGUCAAUACAAGAGGCCGCCGCCGCCUGCGCCCUAGCCGUCGACGCCGUCGCCGCAGCCGGCGCGGCGCGCGCGCGGACUAAAUCAGGCGCCCCGCCGGCCGAGGACGACGACGGCGAUUCCGAGGAGGAGCACGAGGUCACGGUGGACGGCGCGCCCGAGCACGCGCCGCUCGCGCAGCUAUCGCGCGCGCUGUCCAGGGACGCGGCCCUCGCCGCGCGGUUAAUAGUGGGGCCCUGCCUCCGGGCGAACUGGAGCUCGCCCGAGCGGCGGCGCGCUUUGAAAGCUGCCGCGACGUCACUCAAGGUGCUCCGGGCGGGCGCGGCGCCCGGCGAUAGUGCAGCUUUAACUGCGAAGCUCUUAGCGCGUGCGGCGCCGGCUUCAACUACCAGAGACGACGCUCAGAUAGCCGCCCAGCUGGCGACGGCCGCGAAGACCUUAGAUGCUCGCGCACAAUGCGUGCCCUUCGGGUCGGCCGCGACCGGUCUGGGCGACGGCCGCGGCGACGUCGAUUUAUGUUUGCUCCUGCCGGAGCCCUGCAUUUUUGACGUUAACAAAGUCGCGGAGCUGCUCAAGGGACCGCCCCUGAACGCGAAGAAGGCGACGGCGAUCGCGACGGCGCGCGUGCCCGUGGCUCGCGCGACGUUACCUGGAGGCUCGCGCAUCGACGUCGUCGUCAACGCGCGGCGCGAGCUCUGCAACACGGCGCUGCUCAAGGAACUGGGCGCGCGGCGGCCGCAGCUCGCGCCGCUCUGCCGGGCCGCGCGCGCCUUCUCGCGCGCGAAAAAGUUCGGCGGCAACCACCGCCGCCACCUGAGCCACUACGCCUGGACCGUGCUGUGCGUGCGCGUGCUCCAGUUGAGGGGGGAGCUCCCGGCGCUGCCCUGCCCAGCCCUCACAGCGCUCGCGGCUUCCAGUGAAAUGGACGCGGCCGCCGCCGCCGCCGCCGCCGCCACGGAUCUCGAUGAAGCUGGCGUGGUGGCCGCUGCGGACGACGGCGCGCUCGCGGGCCGCUUCGUCGACCUGCUGCGGCUCGUCGCCUUCGCGCGCACGGAUAUUAUAACGACGCGCGGCGCCGCCGCGGCGCUCCCCGCCGACGCGAAAAAGCACCGCGACCGGCUCCGCCUCCAGGACCCGCUCGAAGUGGGGCGAGAUCUGGGGGCUGUCCUCACGCGGCGGACGUCGGCGCAGCUCCGGUACGCGUGCCUCGAGACGUACGUGCACCUCGUCGCUCCUGCGGACGCUGUCGACGACGCGCCGCGGCCGGAGCGGGCGUUUCCGUUCUUGUCGUCUGCGGAGGAGUAAUCUUUGAGAGUCUGUUGCAUCACGG